AAGGAUUACUAUUGAACAAGUUACUAUCUCACCUAACCCGAGGAAAAAGCAUGGUUGAUAACACCAGUAUUGUGACUAAAUCUGCUCUGCAAACAGCUUUCUCCUCGGCGAAUGCCCUUCCUUUAUUGGUGUCUACAACCUCUGCCCACCACCAUCUCUCCGGUUCGCAGUCCCAUCCGCCCAGCAGCGGCAUGAAGUUGGAGGCGGUCAUGGAAAACCUCCAGCGACAACAGGCUGCACGUUUGGCUCUCGAGGAGAAGUUGCGGUACACACAGAAAGAUAAAGAAGUCCGAUCCAUAGUUGAGUCACAGUUCCAACAGCAAGCCAUAGCCUUCCGUCAAUAUCAGGCGGCGUUCCGAGGUUCAUUCCCAGCGGGAAUUCUUGAUCAGCGUUCGGAGACAAGCUCCGCACUUCCGCAUCAAACUGCACUCAAGUACCCUGAGCCCGCGGAUGACUCUGAUGUGGAUGACGAACUAGAACAUACUCGUGGUUUGGAAGACGAAAAUCAGCAUCUGGAGGAAGAUGAACUGGAACGUGAAAGAAUCACGAAGGAAGACUUCGCACACAGCUCACCACAAAUACGAGAAAGACACGACCCUAAAGGGGUCACCGUGAAUUUGCUUCCAAGUGACGGCCAUCCAUCGUAUACCGCGCAGAGGCAAUCUGUGUCCCCGGGAGGAGUGGCAACGCACGUACAAACACACCAGCACGAAUGGACAUACGAGGAGCAGUUUAAACAGUUGUAUGAGCUGGAUGAUGAUGAAAAGCGAAAGGAGUUUCUGGAUGAUCUCUUCAGCUUUAUGCAGAAAAGAGGGACUCCAGUGAAUCGGAUUCCUAUCAUGGCCAAGCAGGUGUUGGAUCUCUACACUCUCUACAAGCUUGUGACAGAAAAGGGCGGCUUAGUGGAGGUCAUCAAUAAGAAGAUAUGGCGUGAGAUCACCAAGGGUCUAAACCUCCCUACUUCUAUCACAAGUGCAGCUUUCACUCUCCGAACACAGUAUAUGAAGUACCUCUACCCCUACGAAUGUGAGAAACGAGCGCUGAGCUCCCCGGGCGAGCUCCAGGCGGCCAUUGACAGUAACCGGCGGGAGGGGCGACGGCAGAGUUGCGGGUCGUCCCUGUUCAGCUACUCUCCCAUUGGGACGCCCAGCAUCCUCGCCUCCCCAAAGAUCCACAUGCCUCACGCCACCAUGGUCGCUCCCAAUGGCAGCCUUGUCUCCCAGGCCUUCUCCAUUAAGAAAGAGGAGCCCAUGCUCUUAGGCAGGAGGCCCAGUCAGCUGGCCAUCCCCAUGCCAAUGGCAGGGCACCACAUGGCGGCCGCACAGGCCGCAGCGCAGGCAGCUGCCGCAGCGCAGGCGUCGGCCCUGGAGCAGCUCCGGGAGAAGCUGGAGUCCGGCGAGCCCCCGGAGAAGAAGAUGAUGCUGAUGGCCGAGGAGCAGCAGAGAAUCAUGCAGCACGCGCUCCAGCAGAACCUCUUCGCCAUGGCAACCCAGCUGCCAAUGAACAUCAAGCUCAGCAACAGAGAUGACAGACAAGACACUGCAUUGAACUUGUCUACAAACUGCAUUAGCAGCAUCAACAUGUCAAUAGAAAUAAAUGGAGUUGUCUACACAGGGGUCCUCUUUGCCCGGAAGCAAGCCAUUCCAGUCAUGCCAGGAAACAAUGGGAUCAGCCUCACCAGCUCUCAGGGAAAGACCAGCCUGGGGUUGCCAGCUCACAUCCAACCUUCCUCUUCUUCCUCGUCAUUCUGCUCCAUCUCAUCCUCAGUCCAUGGACAUACCUCCAGCAAUUCCUCCCCCUAAGCCCCAGUUUUCAUCUCAAAUCCCUAAAUCAUGAAUACACUGAGAGGUGUUGGGACAGUAAGAGUUAAAAAGACUUAAUCGUUCUGAAAGCGAAUUCUUUCCUGCUUUUUUAAACACCUUUCCUGUGAAAGAGUAAAAUGAUUAUUUACAUAGGCCUGAGGCUUCUGGGGAAUAUUUAAAAAAUGGAUACUUUCUGAACAACAGUUCUCCAAAUGAAUCGGCCUUCCUUCCCUGAUAUCCAGUCCAGAGAACCUGAAACACCUGAUAAGAAAAUGCUAAUGAUCACAAGAAAGGCACAUGGAUCUUGCUGGUCAUUAGCAGAUGAUGGGGUUCACUCCAUCUUAACCUCUGUAAAAGCCGUUUAUUUUAUUAUUUUAAAUUUUUAUUACAACUGUAAGUAUGGGUGUGUUUGAUGAAAUGUGUACCGUAUGGUUCUGAUACGUCUCUGAAUUUUGUUUUGGUACAGACAGAGGUGGGUACUCCCAGCUUAUACCAAAGACAUGAUCAAACAAAAUCAUAAAUUUACAAGCCAUGUUGGCUUGCUCAGUCUGAACACAAAGGUGUUUUCUAUUCAGCAUUAACACAAGAGUUGCACAUCAUGGAGGGCAGCUGCUUUGAAGAAGUCAUUCCAGAGAUCAGGUUAUUUACUUGCAUCGCUUUGUGUUCAUUUUGUUUCCUUGUCGAAAUCGCUGACUGGGUGAACCUGGCUUUAGCCAUUAAGACAGCAUCGUAAAAAGGACUACUGAAAAGCAUGGCAGACUGUUCUGUAUUUCAGUGUCAGCCAACAGCAAACCAGUUGUGGUAAAAAGUAUACUAAUUCCCACAGUUGUUUCCCCUGGAUUGAGUCCUUGCUGCUUGUAAUAAAUCUGAAAGGCUUUGUUUUCAACAGAAACAAGUAGGUUCUAUAACGCUUACUUUGUUAUCAACAGUAAAAUUUAAAAACAUAUCAAAGUGGAAAAAACAAAUUGUAAAUCAUAAAGAUAGCUUAUAGACAAACAAUAUAUCUUGAUCAAAAGCCGGCACUUGAACACUGUAUCAAGGUUGCAAUAAAAAAGCAAAAAACUAAAAACAAAACAAUAAAUCAAUGUGACAUAAUUGACACGCAUUACAAAAUGAUGCAACUAUCAUGUAGUGGCUUUGUACUAAACUGAAUUUAUCUUUAUGCACUUGUAUGUAAGACUUUGGAAUUUGUCAUUGUUCCUUUUUAUUUAUGACUUUAAUAUGACUAGGGUUUAGAGGUUUGUAUUUAGACUUUUUUCCUAUUAAUAUCGUUGAACACGUGGAUUUAAUUUUGCAUUUAUUUUGUAAUUAUUCUGGAGUUUAUAACUCGAAAUUAUCCACAGAGAAUUUUUUUUAAUUUAAAGAUAUUUCAACAAGCCUUCAGAUGCAGAUACCUCUCAUAUCUAGCUAGAGGUCCAAAAAAUAUUUACAUAUACCUCCUUUUUAUUUAUAUUUAUGGUUUCUAUUAUUUUGAUUGUAACACCACUUGAAAAACUUAUUUUUCAACGAAUCACUGGAUUUUUUCUUUCUUCUUAUUUUGUAUCGUUAUACCAAAGAAGGGAAUAUUCUAUGAAAGCACAUCUACCUCAUUUGUUAGAGACUGUGCCAACAAAUAUGAUAAUAAUCUUAAUUUUCUGUUUAAAUUUGUAGGUCCAGAUGUACUGUUUGCUGGAACAAUAUGUAUUAAAACAAAAACAGAGUAGUCAGACUAUGUGAGACAAGAAGCAAGCUGUUUAUGUUUCAGGUUUGUCUUGUAAGAGUGUAUUGUUGAUUAUGAAAAUGACAGAAUGUUUCUAUUUUCUGUACAAAUGAUACCAUGUCAAGGUAUUUGAAUUACAAGUUCAUAUUAAAUAGUUCAAUAGCUUUCUAUUAUGUGUACAGGAAAGAUAAUGUUAACUUACGAAAUGUAAUAUCACAAAGACCAUUUCAAUGAAACAUUUUCUGGUCUUUGUUCUUUUUUGAAGGUGGUUGUUUCUGAAACCUGUUUUGACUAAUCUAUUUAAUACAUAAAAUCUAGUUCAUAUAAAGUUAAAAUGUAGUGAGUGGGAGGCCCCAGUAAAAGGAUACCAUGGUAAAGAAAAUGGGUGGUGUCAUUUAACCACAUCUAGUCAUAUGGAAAUUACACAUUGGGAGAGGCCUAUGUGUGUCAUUUCAUCUGAAAAUCCAUUUCAGACAUCCUUUUGUGCUGCAGACCUUCAGUCAUCUAAAGACUGGACAUUCUGCGUAUUCAUUUUAUCACUGUUUGUUAGGAGCUAGAGAAACUACCAAAGGGUAGUUUAAAUAUGUUUAUAUACUGUAUGAGGACAAAAGAGGACAGACAAAUACGCACAUUUUUGAAUGUAUUGUUUUAACAGCUUUUGAUGUACAUAUCAGAAAUGUAUUAACUGUUUAUCUCAGCACAGGCACAGUCUAUGCAUACUGUGGAAAUAAGACGGUUCCCCCUCACAUCAGUGAGUGCUUGGGUAAUGUGAAAAGAGCAGAUUGGCAAUAACUGGACCGCAAGAUUUAAAAGAACAGUGUUGCUGACUGUGAAACAUGAAAUUGCAGUAAUAAUUGUAACCAAAGAUGAACAAGCCAACAAUAAAACAUAUUUGUAAAAGAAAACAUAGCACAUCAGAAAAUAAAUAUUCAUAUGUGUCAACAGUA